GGUCCCAUGCCGCUCAAGGCGGUGGCUCCUGUACGCAUUGCUGGCUCGAGAUCUUUCGCCAAAUGUCAACGACGAUGUAUAGCGACGCAGGCCUCAAGAACACAAUCGCGGAGACCUUCUAUCGCACAGAAGCAGCAAGUCCACAAUGCGCAGUCAAUACGGUUCUUCCACGCCUCUUCCCCGUCCUUCGCCAUGGCCGACCCGUACAAGACACUCGGCGUCAGUAGAGAUGCAUCCGCUGCCGACAUAAAAAAGGCCUACUAUGGUAUGGCGAAAAAGUACCACCCCGACACAAACAAAGACGCCGGUGCGAAGGAGAAAUUCGCUGCCGCACAAUCCGCAUACGAAGUUCUCUCGGACGCUGAGAAGAAGAAGGCCUUUGAUUCGUACGGAGCCGGUGCUUUCGAUGCAAACGGCGGCUUCAACCCUGGGGCCAGUGCGGGAGGACCAGGAGGAAACCCGUUCGGAGGAGGCUUCGGCGGCUUCGGCGGGUUUGGUGGUGCUCAAGGUGCGGGAGGAUUCCAGGAUAUCAAUUUCGAAGACUUGUUUGGAGCAUUCACGGGUGGGCGACGAGGAAGAGGGGGAGGUGGGAGAAGGAAUCCCUUUGAAGAAGAAAUCAUGGUGGGCGACAACAUCGAAGUGCAAACAAACAUCUCAUUUUUGGAUGCGGCCAAGGGCGUCAAGAAGGAUAUUCACAUUAGCCCCAUGGCAGAGUGCGGGACAUGUAGUGGCAGUGGUCUGAAGCAGGGUGCUAAGAGAGCAGAAUGUAAGAGCUGUGGAGGUACCGGACAAAGGGUGACGAGCAUGGGUGGCUUCCAUAUGAGCGCAACCUGUUCAUCUUGCGGAGGAUCCGGAUUCGCGAUACCUAGAGGCUCGUCUUGUGGCACUUGCGGCGGCGAUGGAGCAGUCAAAGACCGGAAAACCAUCACUAUCGACAUACCUGGUGGCGUAGAGGACGGCAUGCGGUUGCGCGUUAAUGGCGAAGGAGAUGCACCGCUGACAGGUCACGCCAUGUCUUCUGGCUCCGUCCGCGGCCAGAAGGGAGAUCUCUACGUCCUGAUUCGCGUAGCAAAUGACUCGAAGUUCAAGCGCAAUGGCUCUGAUAUCCUUCAUACCGCUACCAUCCCAUUCACCACUGCUGUCCUCGGAGGAGAGAUUAAAGUCCCCACGCUCGACGGCGAAGUCAAAGUCAAGGUUCCUACUGGAUCUGGAACUGGCGACCGCAUCACACUUUCUGGCAUGGGCAUGAAGGUGCUCUCGGGCCGACGUGGCGGCAAGGGCGAUCUGCGUGUUGAGUUCAAGGUCAACAUGCCCAAGUAUCUCAGUGUCAACCAGCGGACAAUUCUUGAGAUGCUAGCGGACGAAAUGGGAGACAAGAGCGCGCAACGCGUCAUCAACCCCGGGAAGAUGAAGGAUGAACAUGGGAACAGCGUAGGAGACGACCACUCGAAUGAGGGCUUCCUGAAGAGCGCGUGGCACAACCUCACGGGACAGCACAAGCACCUGGAUCCAGAGGAGAGGAGGAAGGCGGAAGAAGACGAGAAGAAGAAAGGGUCUGGCUGAGCAUGUGGAGAAGUUGUGAGGUGUUGUAUAACAGGGCCGGCGUACAGGACGACUCAUGCGACUCAUGUUUUCAUGUUUGCAGCAAGACGAUUGAAAGCAUUUGAUGGCGUACAUGACGAUGGCUUGGACAUGGUGUAUAGAAGUAUCCGUAUUUGGCCUCUCGACUCAGGGCUUGUAUAAUAUUACGCUGUUCAUGAUCAACCAAGAAGGGCAUAGUUUUGCAGUGUUCUUGAGAUGCUUGACUAGCUCUGUAGCCAAUAUCGCGGGCGCGUAACGAGGGCCAGAUUCGGCCUCCUUGCAUGGUAAUUGGUCGACGCGAGCCGCACAGCUGGGGUUGGCUUUGAGGUUGCCAUAG